CCUUCAGGGUCCCCGCCUGGUUCUCGGAGUGGGACGGGGAGGCUCAACUUUUUUCCCCUCUUCCUCUUGCUACGUGGUGUCCGGUUGCGCUUGAAGCCUGGAGAGAUGUGGAGGCGCCGGCUGCUCGUGGCCGCUCUUUGCCUUCUCUGGGCCGGGGCGCGGGCUCAGUACGAGCGCUACAGCUUCAGGAGCUUCCCGCGCGACGAGCUGAUGCCCUUGGAGUCCGCCUACCGCUACGGCCUGGACCAGUACAGCAACGAGAACUGGCCCGAGAGCGUGAGCUACCUGGAGAUGAGCCUGCGGCUUUACCGCCUCCUGCGGGACAGCGAGGCCUUCUGUCACCUCAACUGCAGCUCCGCCCGCAUGGAGGAAGAGAAGGAGCCCGGCGCGGACGCCCGGGGGCUUCUCCCGCCCGAGCGCUUCGACGGCUUUCCCGAGCUGCGCUACUUCGGCGACAUGCUGCGCAGAGCGCAGUGCCUGAAACGCUGCAAGCAAGGGCUGCCGGCCUUCCGCCAGUCUCAGCCCAGCCGGGAAGUGCUGGACGAGUUCCAGCGCCGAGAGCCCUACAAGUUCUUGCAGUUCGCCUACUUCAAGGCAAACAAUUUUCCAAAAGCUAUUGCAGCUGCACAUACAUUUCUUCUGAAACAUCCGGACGAUGAGAUGAUGAAAAGGAAUAUGGCAUACUAUAAAAGUAUGCCUGAUGCUGAAGAGUAUAUUAAAGAUUUAGAAACCAAAUCAUAUGAGACUCUCUUUGUCAGGGCAGUAAGGGCCUACAAUGGAGAAAACUGGAGGACCUCAAUUUCAGACAUGGAAUUGGCACUUCCUGAUUUCUACAAAGCCUAUGAUGAUUGUACAGCCGCCUGUGAAGGCUCCCGGGAGAUCACAGAUUUUAAGGAGUUUUAUCUGUCUAUCGCAGAUCACUAUACUGAAGUUCUUCAGUGCAAACUGAGAUGUGAAAUUGAUCUGACACCUGUCAUAGGGGGCUACAUAGUGGAAAAAUUUGUGGCAACUAUGUAUCACUACUUGCAGUUUGCCUAUUAUAAGUUGAAUGAUUUGAAGAAUGCAGCUCCAUGCGUUGCUAGUUACAUGCUUUUUGACCAGAAAGAUGAAGUGAUGAAACAGAAUCUUGUCUAUUACCAAUAUCAUAAAGAUAAGUGGGGACUCACAGAUGAAGAUUUCCAGCCUAGAGCUGAAGCUAUUCGGUAUUACAACAUAACAACACUUCAGAAAGAAAUGUAUGAAUUUGCUAAAGAGUAUGUGAUGGAUGAUGAUGAAGGUGAAGUAGUAGAAUACCUUGAUGAACUCCUGGUGGUGGCAGAUGGAACACAGUGACUUUUAACAACUAAAGAACUUUAAGAAGUGA